AGCGCAGCAUCGUCUCCCUCUCUCGCGGGCGCAAUACCUCGCCUACGGUUCGACCAACCUCGUGCAGCCAAUUUACCCACAUUUCCCCCUCUUUUACGCGGAUACACGUUUCAAGGAAAAAAACGUUUAUGGUCCUGGCUGAAGAUUUCACGAUGUCUCGCACCGACGAGGUUCACCGCUUGACGGAAAAUGUCUAUAAGACCAUCAUGGAGCAGUUCAACCCCUGCUUACGGAACUUUGUUGCCAUGGGGAAGAACUAUGAGAAGGCCCUCGCCAAUGUGACAUUUGCUGCCAAAGGCUACUUUGACGCUCUGGUCAGAAUGGGUGAACUGGCCAGUGAGAGUCAAGGAUCCAAAGAUUUAGGGGAUGUGCUGUUCCAGAUGGCUGAGGUCCACAGACAGAUCCAAGUGCAGCUAGAGGAGAUGUUGAAGUCCUUCCACAACGAGCUGCUCUCUGAGCUGGAGAAGAAGGUGGAGCUGGAUGCUCGUUAUCUGACUGCUGCCCUUAAGAAAUACCAGAUGGAACACAAGAGCAAAGGGGAGAGCCUGGAGAAGUGCCAGGCUGAACUGAAGAAGCUGCGCAGGAAGAGCCAAGGCAGCAAGAACCCCUCCAAGUACGGAGAGAAGGAGAUGCAGUUUGUGGAGACCAUCAGCAGUAAGCAGACCGAGCUGGACACCUUCAUCGCCGAGGGAUAUAAAACAGCCUUGUCUGAGGAGCGUCGUAGGUACUGCUUCCUGGUGGACCGCCAGUGUGCCGUGGCCAAAAACAGCAGUGCCUACCAUGGCAAGGGUAAAGACCUUCUGACCCAGAAGAUCCCAGUGUGGCAACAGGCCUGUUCAGACCCCAACAAGCUGCCAGAGAGGGCCAUGCUCCUGGCCCAGCAGAUGGGCUCUGCCGCCCUUGGCGGGACAAGCCCCCUGCAUACCUCCAAAUCCAACCUGGUCAUCUCAGACCCCAUCCCUGGAGCCCAGCCUCUUCCUGUGCCCCCGGAGCUGGCCGUCUUCAUGGGCAGUGGCCUUGGGCAUCCAGCGAGGCUGAUGGGUCCUGAUGGUAUGUCCAUGGUCAAUGGGACAACAGGAGUCCACGGAGAGGAAUAUUGGACGGAUGGGGGGACUAUGUCCGUGUCUCAAGUCAGGCCUUCAUCCCCUCAGACCCAGGCGCAGGGCCCGUCCCAGGCUCAGCCUCAGAGACAGGUCAGCGAUGUCUACUCCAACACCCUCCCUGUGCGCAGGCCUGCCCCCGCCAAGAAUAAGAACCCCGUGGGUGAGACACGGACCCUUCCCAGGUCCAGUUCCAUGGCAGCAGGCCUGGAAAAGAACGGGCGCUCCCGUGUCCAGGCCAUCUUCUCCCACGCCGCGGGUGACAACGGCACCCUGCUCAGCUUUUCCGAGGGAGAUGUCAUUACCCUGCUAGUGCCUGAAGCCCGCGAUGGCUGGCACUACGGGGAGAAUGAGAAGAACAAGAUGCGUGGAUGGUUCCCAUUCUCCUACACACGUGUGCUCCCUGAAAGCGACAAUGAGAAGCUCAGAGUGAAUUUGCACCAUGGGAAAAGUAGCAGCACAGGGAACUUGUUGGAGAGCGAUGCAUCACUGCCCACACCUGACUACGGCCUGACCGCCCGACUGCUGGCACAGAGCCUAGCGCAGACUCGCCCGCGCCCUUACAGCAUGGCAGGCUUUGGCACGCAGCCUGCUAUUGAGGAUUAUGACGGCCGCUUUGCCACAAGUUUGGGUCCAGAAUUGUCCCGGUUCUGAGGGAACAGGACCUCCUGACCGUUCCCUGGAGGUGUACCUCCGGCCCACCUUCACUGACGACCGAUCUGCACCCAUCUUCUACUAGCGGCCUGCUGUCCCCUAUUUUCUCCACUCAUGGGCCCUUACUUUCUUAAGGGGGAGAAAGAAAAUGGCCGACACUGGCAUGUUUAAGUUGUGUGAUUUGGAGGGUAAAAAAAAAGAAAAAAAGAAAAAAAAAAUAACCUCAAAAGCCAUUUUACAGUUCUAGGAAUCUAGUUUCUUUGCCGUGGAAAUUCACUCAGAGAAUUUUUCCAGUUAAUUCUCGUGAUGUUUUGCGAACGCUUCCACAAACAUCGAAUGUCUCAGCCUGAACAUUCAAGUGCAAGUGUGACAGUAGAUUUGUAUUAGUUAUUUAGAUCACACCAGUUGUGGAUAAGGUUUGGCUAAUAGGUUUUUACUAGUGAUGCUGUCACAUUAUUAUUUAUCUGCACUUCUACUAACGGGAUUUCUGAUUUUCCUUCAACACUGUACACUGUAAAUUUAAUUUGAGGAUUCUUUACAUUAAUGAGCAGUGAAGGCACACUCUGCAUUAGCUGUUUUACGUGAGGCUAGGGUGGAGAUAAGAUGGUCACUAACUGUUUUCAGUGAAUCACUGUAAUACGCGCUGAAGACAAAGUGUAGACUGGAUACUGCGACAGAAAGCUAGAACUAGACAGUUGCUGAGUAAACUGUAAUUCUGCUUUUGUUAAGUGAUAUAGUACUCUAUAUUUACUAGUUGUGAUACAGUAUACCCAGAUUUUCAAUGUGGGAACUGUGCCUUCUAUUUUUUCUUUUUUUCUUCUCCCUUUUUUUAACCAUAGGCUUCAUGCAUUGACCCAAUGAUUCUGUAAACUGGGAAUAUUUCCCCCCCUUUUUUUUUUACUUGUAAUGUUGCUUUUUUUUUUUUUUUUGGCUUAGCAAGCUUCAGUACAGUUCAAUUGAAAUGAUACAAGAAUAUUUAGAAUUGCUAUUUUUUUUCUCUUUGAUUUUCAGUGAUAGCCAAGCUGCCAGGAGAUGAAAUACAGUGCAUACAUAAUGGAACUUUUUUUUUUUUUUUUUAAAUAUUUAGCUUUGAGGGAGUGGUAGCUUAUCAGAUAAGGUACAGUAUUAUCAUAGCUUUUGAUCAUUCAUUCUCAGUAUUAUACACUCAUCAUGGAGGAGAGUGUAGAGCAGAGGCAUAUAUAUAUAUAUAUAUAUAUAUAUACACACACACACACACACACACACACAUAUAUAUAUAU